AUGGCCCAAUCGUCAAACAACAACUUGGAAGUUAAAGCUGUGGUGUAUAAUCUUGGAAAAUUGUCCUUGGACAGCAAUUACAACGAUAACCCUUCCAAUUAUUAUAAAGAGUUGGUUGAUCGCGCUCUUCAAAACUGCAAGAAUAUUGAACCUAACGAGAAAAUUGAUAAUUUGACUUGUAAUUUGGCCCUGUUUAUUGAUGAUGAAGGUAUUACAAAACAAGUCAGAAGGAGAAAGGUCGGAAUUACUCCUAACAGAACAGUUUUUUCUACCUUUUAUUUCGUAGAAAGUCCGGGUUAUCAAAAUGCAAAUGAACCUACUUCCCACUUUUGGUGGCUAUCAGGAAACACUAUUGUAUAUAAAUGUAAUCAAAAGGGUGGUGAGGGAGGUACCACUGAAUUCACCAUUGUUGCAAGUCAACUUGAAGCUGCUAACAAUCAAGAAGUAACCAAAUCUGGAUGGAUUUUGCAUCAUGAUAUGGGAGUGGACGUGAUUGUUGUAGAUCAUAUUAUAAGCAGUCUUUUCGAUCCAAAAGAUGGUAAGAAUACUCCAAAGACAAGUAAGAAGGUCACCAACAAGAAGUCAACUGUCCGUGUUGAAGAAAACAAUGAAAAGAAGAGCUCAAAGAAAAGUAAGAAGGCCUCCAAGAAGUCAACCACAAACAAGUCAACCAAAAAGGCCACCAAGAAAAGAAAGAGAAAUGAAGAUGAUGACGAUGAUGUAAUAAUGAAUUCUCAUAACGAUAAUAUAAUUGCAGUUCCAAACACUGCUCAAGUCAAUGAGAAUUCUAACGAAACAAAAGAAGAAUCAUUUUUAUUAAGUGAUGAUGUUAAUGACGGUGAUGCAUUAACAUCAUCCCAAUUGGAACUAGAAAGGGACCAAACAAUUGCUAUUCUAGAUAAUAUUCAAACAAGUUUUCCAACCAAGAUGGUUUCUGAUUUCAUCUCAGUUCGCAGUUUAAACCAACAAGAAAAGAACGAAACUAAUAUUCAUUCCUCCUCUGGUUCAUUAAUUCCAAAUAGACCAUUUUGGCCAACUGCAUCUGGUAGUGAAUCUGAUCAUGAAUUGACUGAAUUAUGUUAUUGUUCGGAUUUCUUUUCAUGUGAAAAUGAUUGUUGUUUGGAACUAAAAACGAACCAAGAUCUAAAUAGUGAAAUUAUUUAG